UUUUAUUUUUUAUUUUAUUUCGGAAAAAAAAAAAAAUCCUCAGUAUGGACCGAGAACCUUGGUACCCUUAAUCCCUAGUGCGUCCCAAGAACAUGAGCCCGGUAACCAUAGACAGAGGACAAAGGGGACACGAAGAUGGUGAAAAAACCAGUGGAUUUUGUUUCUUUUUCAUACCAUUCCCAGCAUAUAUCUCUUUGAUAGAAAAACUUUUCCUGAUGAGUCGGAUUUUCUGUGUCCGUCGGAUGCCCGGCCAAAGACCUCAGCUAGUAAGCAGUGUAACUUGGAGAAGUAAAUUUCUUUAUGAAGGGAGGCUUGAUACAGUAAAAGGGCUGGCUGAUUAAUCUUCUGCAGGCCGCCAUUGGUACACUUUAAACGAUUAUUCGUUGCCAUCCACGGGCCGUCAGCCCCUCUUCUAG